AUGCAUUCAGCAGCUUGUUUUGCCACUCUGGGAUUUGCAGGCCUGGUUGCCGGCGCUCCAUCGGCUCCGCAUAACGUUAGAGCUCGCCAAGCUUCCGGUGCCCAAAAUGUCGUUUAUUGGGGAGGCACUAACAACGAAAGCGAUGACCUUUCCACGUAUUGUGCACCCAACGCAGGCAUUGACAUUCUUGUUUUGUCAUUUUUGGAUAUCUAUGGCACUACUGGCAGCAUUCCAGCAGGAAAUAUCGGCAAUACCUGCUACGUCGGUACGAAUGGCGCACCUCAGCUAUGCGAUGAUCUUGCUGCUUCAAUAGCCAGCUGCCAGGCCGCUGGCAUUAAGAUUAUUCUGUCGCUCGGAGGCGCGGCCGGUUCUUACUCUCUACAAUCGCAGUCACAGGCUGUUGCGAUUGGACAAUACCUCUGGGAAGCCUAUGGCAACUCUGGCAGCACUUCUGUCCAGCGGCCCUUUGGCAAUGUCUUUGUCAACGGCUUUGACUUUGACCUCGAAGACAACCUUGGCAAUCAAUACUACCAGUAUCUGAUAUCAACCCUCCGCUCUAACUUUGCCAGCGACCCGAACCAUACGGAACCCAACAUGGGAGAGGUGAUAAGUAACUCCCAGUUCGACUAUCUCUGGAUUCAAUUCUACAACAACAACGGCUAUGGGCCGGACCCCUGUUCUCUUGGCUUGCCCGGCGAUGCACCAUUCAACUACAACAACUGGACGUCAUAUAUUGCCACUACGCCCUCGAAAAACGCAAAACUCUUUGUAGGGGUGCCUGCGAAUACUUUGGCUGCUAAUGGCAAUUCAGGUGGUGCCGUUUACUAUGCUUCGCCAUCCCAGCUGGCUUCCAUUAUCGCAGAUGUCAAGUCUAGCCCAGACUUUGGAGGAAUUAUGAUGUGGGAUGCUGGGUACUCGGAUGCCAAUGUCAACAACGGAUGCAAUUACGCCCAGGAGGCCAAAAACAUUCUCCUGACAGGCGCUCCCUGUGGCGGCUCAUCACCGCCGGUCAGCAGCGGCGCCCCUACAUCCACUGCAAAGACAACCAAGCCCGCUAGUAGCAGCACCUCGUCAGCCUCAGGAACAGGCCCGACGGGAAGCGGCACAGUACCUCAGUGGGGCCAGUGCGGCGGAGACGGAUACACGGGCCCAACACAGUGUGUUUCUCCUUAUAAAUGCGUUGCAUCAAGUGAAUGGUGGUCCUCUUGCCAGUAA